AGGAGAAAAACUGCCGUUUUAUCCCGCCAGGUAUCGCACAAUCGACACUGCUUAACCUCAACUUGUCAUCUGUCAAAUCCUAUACAUUUUUUGUUAAUUACAUCGUGAGAUUACAAUUAUUGGGUAAUAUCUUAUUAAAAUGGCCCUGUGUAGUGCUUUAGACUGCAAAAAUAAAGGCGUUCACGCUUUCCCUAAAGACCCAAAGCGUAGAAAGGCUUGGGAGAAAGCGUUAAGAAUCAAAAACUUUAAAGCAAAAGACUCAUCGCGAUUAUGUUCCAUGCAUUUUACAUCAGAUGACUAUUACGGACAAAGUAUAUACACAAAUUACGAGCCGAAAGCGAGAUUCUUGAAGAAAACUGCUGUACCUUCAAUAUUUUCAUUCAACAUUUCAAGAUUAGAUACAGCAAGUGCAACAGCCCGUCAGCAGCGACUUGAGAUGAGGUCUCAGAAAAAGUUACGGUUUGAAGAGACUGUGACCCCAUCAACAAGCCACCAACCAUCAAUUAAUGAAGAAAGAAUGGUGCCCCACUCCAUGGACGUAGAAGAAACUGUAACUCCAACAUCAAUAAAUCAAGAAAGUACAGUGCCAAUCUUCAUGGACGUUGCUAGUGAAAUAGAAAUCAGUGCGAAUAUAAAUGAUUUUACAGUACCUAUUUUAAAUAAUCCUAAAUUCUCAUCUAAAGAGACGCAAAUUGACAUGGAACAUGUAUUUGGAACAAUACAUAGAUUCAAAAAUGAUGAUAAAGCAAUUCAAUUUUAUACAGGCUUCGAGUCUUACCGGAAGUUCUUUUUUGUUUACUCAACUUUGAGUCCUAUGGCCCAUAAAAUACAGUAUUAUGAGAAAGCAUAA